GAGAUUUGUCAGAUCUCGUUUUCGCUUGCACGAGAUUUCAGAUCUGAUAGUGUCGGUGUUCAAUUUUUGUCAAUUCAAAUGGAGAAACCGGAGAGCGAGAAGAAAUCGGCUGUUUCCGACGUCGGUGCAUGGGCUAUGAAUGUAAUCAGCUCCGUUGGAAUCAUCAUGGCUAAUAAACAGCUCAUGUCUUCCUCUGGUUUCGGAUUUGGCUUUGCUACAACUUUAACGGGAUUUCACUUCGCCGUCACUGCACUUGUUGGUAUGGUUUCAAACGCUUCGGGAUUAUCAGCAUCAAAGCAUGUUCCUCUUUGGGAGCUUCUCUGGUUCUCAAUUGUUGCUAACAUCUCUAUCGCUGCUAUGAACUUUAGCCUUAUGCUCAACUCUGUUGGCUUCUAUCAGAUUUCGAAAUUGAGCAUGAUUCCGGUGGUAUGCGUGUUGGAAUGGAUUCUACAUAGCAAGCAUUAUUGUAAAGAAGUGAAAGCUUCUGUAAUGGUUGUGGUUAUUGGUGUUGGGAUUUGUACUGUGACUGAUGUCAAAGUUAAUGCUAAAGGUUUCAUUUGUGCAUGCACUGCCGUUUUCUCCACUUCUCUGCAGCAGAUUUCUAUAGGCUCUCUGCAGAAGAAGUACUCAGUAGGAUCUUUUGAACUGCUGAGCAAAACAGCCCCAAUCCAAGCCAUUUCACUUCUCAUCUUUGGCCCCUUUGUUGACUAUUUCUUGAGCGGCAAAUUCAUAUCUACUUACAAGAUGACAUACGGUGCCAUCUUCUGCAUUCUUCUCUCCUGCGCAUUGGCUGUUUUCUGUAACAUAAGUCAAUAUCUCUGCAUUGGAAGAUUCUCAGCGACAUCUUUCCAAGUUCUAGGCCACAUGAAAACAGUAUGCGUCCUCACAUUAGGUUGGCUUCUCUUUGAUUCCGAGAUGACAUUCAAGAACAUCGCCGGGAUGGCCAUAGCCAUUGUUGGAAUGGUGAUCUAUAGUUGGGCGGUUGAUCUAGAGAAACAGAGGAAUGCAAAGUUAACGCCACACGGCAAAAACAGUAUGACCGAAGAUGAGAUUAAGCUACUCAAGGAAGGAGUUGAGCAUAUCGACUUGAAAGACGUUGAGCUCGGUGACACUAAACCAUAAGGGUGUGCUUAUACCCAUUUGAAAUUUACACGUCGAAAGUGAUUUUAAUUCUUUAUACAAAUAUUUCCUUUGUGUGCCAUUUACUUGUUCUUUCCACUUUCUACAUGUCUUAGAACAUUUUGGGCUUUCCAGAAAGCCCAUAAAUCCUUCUUUGCUUAAGAAGAAGGCCCAUCCUUGAAUAGUGAAUGUCCUAUAUAGUAAGUAAUACAGAAAUGUCAACUGA